AUGUUGUGGUUUUCAGUUUUCUUGGGCGCCAUUUGCGCCAUUGCUCUAGCACAAACAGGCAAGACAUCGUCCAAUGUCUUCGAACCCGAUAAUUUCGAUGUAAAUGCCGCACUUUAUAAUCUUGGGGUGGAUGUUUCUUCAAUCCCUGCUCUGAGGUCGUUGCAGUCGCGAUCAACCGAAUCUGCCUGUCGUGUAGCAUGCGGCACCCUGAGCUUCCUGUACGGCCCUAGUAGAGCGUUCGUGCAGAAUACUACUGCGUACACCGAUGCCACAGGAUCGUACUGGUCGGUCCAGCAGGAAGAAGUUCGUCCUUACUGCAUCUUCAAGCCAUCAGUAAACACCGAUGUUUCUAUUCUUGUACUUCUUGCAAGGUACACUGGGUGUCCCUUUGCCAUCAAGAGUGGUGGCCAUGCUGCCUUUGCGGGUGCAUCGAGUAUCCAGGGCGGGAUUACGGUCUUGUUGAAAGAUAUGAACACAAUUGCUCUGAAUGACGAUAGGUCGGUAGUGUCCGUUGGUCCCGGAAAUGUCUGGGUGCAAGUAUACGCGGCAUUAGAGCCAUAUGGCCUCGCUGCAAUCGGUGGUAGGGUUUCGACAAUUGGCGUUGGAGGACUUACGACCGGAGGUGGGAUCUCGUACUACUCCAAUCUGUACGGCUGGGCUUGCGAUAAUGUCGAGAGUUUCGAGGUUGUUACUGCGAGCGGUGCCAUCGUCACAGCUAGUGUAGACUCUUAUCCCGACCUCUACUGGGCUCUCCGAGGCGGUGGGAAUAACCUCGGCAUCGUCACCAAGUUCAACCUCUAUACCAUUCCGAGCCCUGAAAUGCGAGGUGGAACCCGAGUCUUUGCUGAAGAUCAAUUCAGCAAGGUAAUCAGCGCCUUCGUCAGUGUAGUGAACGGCGCCUCCAACGACGGCAACGCGCAGCACUGGGUCGCGUUCGUGCAUACUCAGGGACAGAACAUUGCUGCUGCCGAGAUUACAUAUGUCAAGAACGUCAGCGAGCCGGCCAUUUUUGCUCCCUACCGCGCUAUUCCGGCGAUUCAGGAUAGCACGGCGGCCAGGACCUUGGUGGAGUACUGUGACGCUGUCCAAGAGGUUAAUCCCGAUGGACUGCGGGAGAUGUACUGGACGUUAACUGUGCGCUUGGACGAGGGCUUUGCCAACUGGGUUACUGAGUACUUUUACUCUGUUCUUCCGCAGGUUCUGAGCAUUCCAGGUAUCAAUCCUGACCUCGUCAAUCAGGGCAUUACCGUUCCCAUGCUUAAGAACAUGAUGCGCAAUGGAGGUAACGCACUGGGUCUGGACGCCUCGGAUGGUCCACUUCACCUACUGCUGAUGUCGACCUGGUGGGAAAAUGCUGAUGACGAUGAGAAGAUAGUUGCAUGGGCUAAGGAUUUCUGGGAUACAGUCACUGCCAAAGCGAAAAAGGAUGGCGUGUUCCAUGACUAUGUCUACAUGAACUAUGCGAGCCAGUAUCAGGAUGUUAUAGCAGGUUAUGGGGUUGCCAAUAAGGCCAAACUACAGAGCAUUGCUGCCAGGUAUGAUCCCAAGGGGAUCUAUCAGACGCUACAGCCCGGGUAUUUCAAGCUGAAUGGCGCACCUGCCUCAGAUUCGCUUUGA